AUGAGGAUAUCCCGUACGCAAGACCAUCAUCGUCGAAACGGUAAUUCGCCUAGGCAGCGGAUCUUGAGACCAGUCGGCGAUAUUCUAACUUUUAUUCCCAAAAAUGGGAAUGCCACAUAUCUGCCUCAUCCAUUUUACUCAGCUAGUACCGGGGAGAUCCACACGAACGGCAUAAGUGCCGGACAAUAG